AUGGCUCCUCAUGGAUUGACCUUGCUGUAUAUAGGUAAAGCAUCCCAUCAAGAUGGGAUGGGUUUGUACCACAGAGGUUACUCAGAUAUAGUUGGUCGCCCAAGGUUUUGGGGGACUCCAAAUGCAAGACCACUAGAAAUGGCAAAUGCCCAAAUUUUAAUGUAUUAUAGAGGUUUUGAUGGUCCAGUUGCUGGUCAUGCUGAGUGGUUCCUUUCAGUAUUUGGGUGCCCAGAAAAUAGUUUCAACGAGGGUGGUUUAAAGGAAUCUCAAUUUUGUUAUGGUGCAGGUCAAUGGAAUUUUUUCCAUGCAACUGCUCCCGCAGUUAAUGUUUGCCAAUAUAUUAUAAAUCAAGAUCCAUCCCCUGGUCUUUUUUUUAGAUAUCCAAACUAUCCAUCUGCUCCAAGUAUUAUAAGAAGAAUUGUUGAUUGUGAAACUGAACGAUUACUCGCUGAAGGUCUUUCACUUCAAGUUCCUGGUCUUCAAAAUCAAGUGUUAAAUCUUCAAAAUCAAGUGGAAAAUCUUCAAAAUGCAAACCAACUAUUUGCAAACCCCAAACUUCAUUACAACAAGAAUCAUUAA